CGGAAGCCGGAAGCGGGCGAACACUGUGGAACCCGAGACGCUGGGAGCUGUGGCUAAGAGGCGGGUGGGGCUGGCGAUGGCGGAGAAGUUUGACCAUCUAGAGGAGCACCUGGAGAAGUUCGUGGAGAACAUUCGGCAGCUCGGCAUCAUCGUCAGCGACUUCCAGCCCAGCAGCCAGGCGGGGCUGAGCCAGAAGCUGAACUUCAUUGUUACGGGCUUACAGGACAUAGAUAAAUGCAGACAGCAGCUACAUGAUAUCACGGUGCCUCUGGAAGUUUUUGAAUACAUUGAUCAAGGUCGAAAUCCCCAGCUCUACACCAAAGAAUGCCUGGAGAGGGCUCUUGCUAAAAAUGAACAAGUCAAGGGGAAGAUCGACACAAUGAAGAAAUUUAAAAGCCUACUGAUUCAGGAACUUUCUAAAGUGUUUCCAGAAGACAUGGCCAAGUAUCGGAGCAUUCGGGGGGAGGAUCACCCGCCUUCCUAAGUGUGCGAAGAUCCCACAUCCUUUUAAUAACUGGACUGACCCAGUGAGAAGCUGUGCCUGCCAAUGCUGCCUUCCAGCCACGAGAACUGGCCUUGCCCCACCUCCUGCUUCCAUCCUUUGACCUGUGGGACUCGGGGCUGGAGGAGCCGAGCUGUGCCCCCACUGUCCCUGCAGCUCUCAGGCCCUUGGGGACCAGGCAGGAAGACAGCCUUGCUGAAUGUGACAUGGGAUUGGGAUUCUACUGGACAUUUUCUUUUCAUGUACUCUGUUCUGCUACACUGUCCAUAAGAGGAAACUUGGCUCUAUAUUUUACAUUUUCAGAUGUUGUGCAUAAGAAAAUAACUGUUUUCAUGGGUUUCAACUCGAUAUAAUAAAGCCUAAAGUUUACACUGCUCA